AUGGGAACUCUGGAGCUUCAACCGCUGGUGGUUUGUUGGAGGAUGCUCCCUGCCAUCUUCUUCAGUACUGGAGUUGUCUUCAUGUCCGGUGGAGGUGUGUUCGUGGGUGGCGCUCUUUCUGUCGGUGUCGUCCUCGGCGGUGGCAACGAAAGACGUUGCCUUCUUCCCGGCAGUGGAGGACGUGGGCUCCAAGACAUAGUGCCAAGCUCUUGCAUGGCAGUCGAUGCUCCCUGCAGCCUCAACGCGAGUGCGGCGGAAGCUUCCCUCGCUCCUAGAGCCGGUGACCAUCUCGGUGGCGGCGUUGCCGGUGUUGUGAGAGUUCGUUGCCCAACGUGGCGUGAUUUUCUUGAGUAUGGUGAAGCUCGUUCAACAUCUACGACUCAAGACACCAAAUCCUCGAAGACACAGUCUGGUCAGACAGUCAAGGGGAGUGUUGAUGGUGAAAAUGUCAUGAACUGA